AGCGUUGUUAGUUAGUUGUGUGUUUACUGUUCCAAGUGUAGGGUUGUUCGAUUGCCACGGCGUAGCGAUAAUGACAAGUAAACACUGGACACACACCGACAAGUGUGUGUUGCUUUCACUUUUUGUUUGCGGCAUAUUGAGCGCAUUGCCAGCGUUAUCAGGUGCAGUCUCUUUAACGUGGGGUCAGUUGAGCAAGUAUGCCUCACCUAUUUACGAUGAAGAAAUCAAACUCACUGAUAAGCAGGCGACAGUUGACGUUACAUUUCCACAACAGGGUGACACCAACGAGUACAUCAUAACCGGCAUGCACGCAUUCGAUGCGAAAACACCACUGCAGACGACAGUCGAAGCGCAUUUGGCAACCGUUAACUCUGCAAUGAUUAGGGUUGUGCGCGGCGGCGUUGGCUUUAAUUACACGACAUUGCGAUUUGAAAUGCCAACGCCCGCUUAUCAAGCAGCAGUAGCAGUAGCAGACAGCGCUCCUGGCGUUAGCGAUGGCCCUGAUGGCGGCAGCGAUGCGGGGCGUGGCAAUAACUUACGGGCGCACUAUCAGCUCGUUAUUUACGGCGUUGAUUUAUAGCGCACCGAACACGUAUAUACGUAAUAUACGUAAUAAAUGCAUGCUUCUCAUUAAAACUAAUCUUAAGGCGAGAUGGGUUAAAAAUAUUGGUUAAUCGCGCAUAAAUUGUUAUAUCUCAAAUAAAUUUUUAUAAAUGCAAAG